AUGGCACAACCAGAAACACCUGCAAGCGCAUCGCGAAAUUCUAUCGUUUCACCUCUUGCGGGAGGUAUGACCACCGCUCAAUUGGAACAAGUGUUACAGAGAACUCCUCAAAUGACUAGAUUUAAUCCUUUGAGAAGACAUCUUCGGGCGCCUGAAACUCCCAAUCCUCGUAUUUCCAAAAGUGAAAUCAUCGCUAGUGAUGACGAAGCAGCGACCACAUCACCGCCAGCCCCGAUCGUGCAACCACCGGAAUCUCUGACUGGCGAAGCUAUAAGAGAUAAAGGCAAAGAAGGAUCUGUAGCUACCGGAGGGGAUAAUGCUGAUCAAGGGACUUCAAAAUCUAUUGAUACUCUGCAGGUUUUUGAGAACAAUCGCGAAGCGCAAAAAGUUUCGGAGGGAGCAACGUAUCGCAUCCAAACUCGCUACUUCACUCCUUGCCGAAGAGCCAUCGAGCACAUCGUCCCAGGAAAGAAAGACGAUGAAAAAGCAGCCUUAUCUCGCAAUGGAUCUGGCAGCCCGGUCGAAUCAAAUACACUGUUAGAAAAUCCUGACCCUCUCAACGAUGAAACAUCCGAUGGCAGUCAAGAAUCUACCAGUCUCGAAGAACUCAUUCGAACAACUUCACGCACACACAAUUCACAGCCUUCAAGUGAUCCUGAGGUCAGGGACAUCAGUUUUUCAUUUGGUGCUCCGCGGCUGGUUCGAAACGCAAUUAUGGGCUCACACAAAAGGGACACUAACAGUAAUAAUCUCGAUGACCUUGAGAUCGAUAUUCUUGGAUUGUCUCAUGCUACUCAUUCAUCUGAUUGUACGCCUGACCCUAGCGGCUCAGAGGAUGCCCCCAUUGACCAUACAUCUCGAAAGGGUGGUCGUCCAAGCCCAAAGAAACAGCAGAAGAAAAGGGUGAAUAAGAGAUCUCGAAGAGUUCCAGUGGACGAGUUGCACUUAGUAUCUGAGAGAGUGGCGGAAUUUAGUCAGGAGACAGAUGAUGAGAAUGUGGAGCCUUCAACUGAAAUCCUAGAUGACCCAAUCUCUCAAGACUCUUCCGAUGCUCUAAAGAUUAUACAGAGUGUUGGGCGGACAAAGGGCGAGAAAAAAGUUUUUCAGACAUACCAUGGCGCCUUUGGAAAGAUUGAUAACAAAGCCUUUCGGUUCCCCGAUAGUUACAACACAUCUCCUCGGGCAGAAUCAAGCAAUCGCCAUGAGGUGAGCUCGUCUCAUUCUGAUGGUUUCGUGGGAGCUGAAGCAAAUCCGACUGGCAGAUGUAUGCUGCUACCCAAGCAAAAACGUGCUUGCGUCAGUAUUUGGGGACUGACUGUCCAAGUAGCACAAUUAGAAUUGGUUCGCGAAAAGGUCCACGAGCUAGUCGGUGAGCUAAACGCCCAAGCUGAAAGAAGAGUUCCAGCGGAAAAAACCAAGAGGCGUCUAAAGAAGAAAGCUACACUCAGUGCGUCGGUAAUGAUCGAACUCGAGUCUCAAGCAAAUAAAACGGGGGAAAGUCCACAAGAUGACCAGGAUAGCCAAAGUCAUGAAGACCGUGAUGCCAAUCAAGAUGAUCAACCAAUGCAUGGGUAUCUUUCUGGCGAUGAACUGAUUUCGGUCGCAGAAGUUAAAUCCCCGCUGCCGCCCACUAGGAAAGGGCCUCGAAGAGUCACCUUUGAUGAAAAAGUCGAGAUUGACCGGCGUGUUAGAAUACCUUCUUCAGACUGUGAGAAUCUUGACGAUUCUUUCGAGGUUAGGAGAAGAAAAAAAUCUUCCGAUUCUGCAGUUUGGCUCAAUAUGGAGACGGUCUGCUUGAAAAGGUGCCACGACGAAGAUAGCGAGGAAGAUAGUGAGGAUGAUGUGUUAUCUAUCAAUGAAUCGGAACGAAGCGUCAUCAGUAUCGCAAGUGAUAAUGUUAACGACGAGAUGGAAGAAAGCGACGGAUCUGGUUACGACAGUGAUGAAGAGAUGGGCGACGAAGAAGAAGAAGACGAAGCUGAAGACCAAAAUGAAAAUGAACAUGAAAAUGAGGAAGAGAGUGGAGAAUGCUUCGAUGUGCUAGGAGUCCAUGGAAAACAAUCAGAUGAAUCAAUUGACGGAAUUAUCCUCUCCACUGAAGACGAAUCGCGCGAAGAAAAUCAACAGGGCAACGGAAAGGAUGACGACAGAGAUGACUUCUAUGCUUCUGAAAAAGAUGCAAUUCCCAACAAGCCAGUGGGUGGAGAAGAAGAAAUCACCGGGGUGUUUGUCUCAGAAGGCUUGAACAGCCAGGCAUCACAGCUAUCAAUAGCCAUGAGUUUGCAAACUACCACACAAGCAUUAAAAUUACCAGAAGCCGGUGGUUGGAGAAUUCGAAAGCCAAAGUCAAGCGACGUUAUGAACGAGACGCAAGAGGACAUCUUUGAUAGUUCAAGCCCGAUUUCAACAAUUGUCAAAAGGAAGUCGACCGGUUUGCAUACACGUAGACGGACAACAUUUCGGAGUAGACCUCUAGCCCUUACUAUUGAUAGACCUUCUACGCCACCUAGCCCUGAAAUUCCAGAGACUCAAAUUGCGGCACCUCAGAUACCAGAAGCACGAUUGAUUGCAGUUCGCGACAUUUCUCCUGAGCUUGGGGAAUCGCAACCAUCCAAUACACCUGAUGAGUUCGACAGAUUCAUACUGGACGCACCGCCUCCCACCAGCCAUGGGCAGUCGCUUCAUUCUUCUCAACUUUCAUUCAUACCAGAUGAGAUUCCGGACGAAACUUACUUUUGUCGAGCUUCUCAGGUACUGGAAGAACAUAAAACACCUAUGUCUAGAAGCAAGUCAACCCAGGUCGCUUCUAUAUCGAUCACUUCAAGAGCAUUGCGAAUCCCACUCAUGCCCAGCCAAACACCGAGACUACGGAGAGCGGGGCAUCUGCUCCGAGCAUGUCGCCCAAGUUCUCACAACAAGUCGUACCGACCCACGCCUAGGUCAGAAAAAAGCUUAAGUCGUCUUACGCGACAGGCCAGUUCUGCUUGGGGGACUUUGCCAGGCUCUGCUAGAAAGAGAACAAAAACUUUACCAUUCAAACCGCCAUUCAAAAAGCCAAAUCUUGAAGAUUUAGCUACACCUAAUUCGUUGAGCUAA